AGCUUCAAACUCAAAGCGGCCACAAUUAAAUAAUAUUAAUUAAUUAAUUAUCCUCGCCGAUGAGCUCAACCCAUCACCAGAAGGCUGAACCCCACCUAAAAUCCCUGGUCUGAGUUUCAUUUCCUGGUAAUUGUCGGUUUCUUUUCCCUUCUCUUCUCGUCUUACUAGUCAUUGAAUGGAAUCUUCCCAUGAGAUGAGAGCGUCCCCAUUUCUUCAAUCCUCCUAAUCCAUCUUAAAUGAAGGGUCGUCUUUCGGAUGCUCGAGUUUGUCGCGAAAUGAAGAUAAAGUUGAAGCCUUUGCUGAGUUCUUGAGCUGGGAGUCGGAGUUGGAGUCAACCGGGGGCAUUUCCAAGAAUCAAGCAUUUCUCUCGGUUGACGUGUGUGAGCUUUACUUCUUUUUCGGCAUAAAUCCUUUACUUGAAGUCUUCAGCUGAAGGAAUUUCGAGUUUGACAGGGUCAUCAACGCCCAUUCUCUUCUCGUUGAACCCAGGAAGCUAUACAAUCGGAAUUAUGGCCUCCGCCCAUGGUUUUGCUUCAUUAACUGAGCUAGGGAUUCCAAGGUAUUCGUCUCUGUCAAUUCAUCAGCAUCGGUGUAGGAUCUUGAUGCCUCGGGGUUGCCCUACAGGAUACUGCUUUAGGAUGAUAGCGUCAAGAAUUUGCAGCCAGCAAAAACCUUGCUUUAUUGCUGCAGGGCCUACGGUUGGCAAGCUCCGAGAGUUCAGGCUCUACAUGUCUGUUGAAUUAGAGCAAUUCGUGACGAGUGAUGAUGAGGAUGAAAUGAGUGAAGGGUUCUUCGAAGCAAUAGAGGAAUUGGAGCGGAUGAAUCGGGAUCCUUCCGACAUCCUUGAGGAGAUGAACGACCGCCUCUCAGCUCGGGAACUUCAAUUGGUUUUGGUCUACUUCUCGCAGGAGGGCAGGGACUCGUGGUGUGCCCUCGAGGUGUUCGAGUGGUUGAAGAAGGAGAACCGGGUCGAUAAGGAGACUAUGGAGCUUAUGGUUGCAAUAAUGUGUGGGUGGAUAAAAAAGUUGAUCGAUAGAGAACAUAAGGUUGGGGAUGUAGUUGACCUUUUAGUUGACAUGGACUGUAUUGGACUCAAGCCUAGCUUCAGUAUGAUCGAGAAGGUGAUUUCUUUUUAUUGGGAGGCAGGUGAGAAGGAAAGUGCAGUUUCGUUUGUGAAGGAAGUCUUAAAACGGGGUGUCACUUAUAAUGAUGACAAUGAUGAUGACGGACACAAAGGAGGUCCGACAGGCUAUCUUGCCUGGAAGAUGAUGGUUGAGGGCAAUUACAAGGAUGCAGUAGGCUUGAUCAUUUCUUUCAGGGAUUCUGGGCUGAAGCCUGAGAUGUAUAGCUACCUAAUUGCGAUGACUGCUGUGGUCAAAGAGCUAAAUGAAUUUGCUAAAGCUAUACGGAAGCUCAAAGGGUACUCAAGAACUGGCGUGAUUUCCAAUCUUGAUCAGGAAAACAUAGAGCUGAUAGAGAAAUACCAAUUGGAUCUUAUAGCUGAUGGUGUCCGAAUCUCCAAUUGGGUCAUACAAGAGGGAAGCCCUUCUCUUUACGGAAUCGUUCAUGAGAGACUUCUCGCUAUGUACAUCUGUGCAGGUCGUGGACCUGAGGCUGAGAGACAGCUGUGGGAGAUGAAGCUCGUGGGGAAAGAGGCUGAUGACGACCUUCACAAUAUAGUAUUAGCAAUCUGCGCUUCUCGGAAAGAAGUAAACGCUAUUCAGAGGUUGUUGACUCGCAUGGAAGUUACGAACUCCCUUAGGAAGAAGACCUUGAUGUGGCUCCUGAGAGGUUACAUUAAAGGUGGACACUUUGAUGAGGCCUCAGAAACAUUGAUCAAGAUGCUUGAUAUGGGCCUUUCCCCAGAAUAUUUGGACCGGGUUGCAGUUCUUCAAGGGCUGAGAAGUAGGAUUCAGAGAUCGGGAGAUGUGGAUAAUUAUCUCAAGCUCUGCAGGCGACUCUCUGAUGCGAAUCUUAUCGGUCCUUGUCUUGUAUAUCUGUAUAUAAAGAAGUAUAGGCUUUGGAUCACGAGGAUGCUGUGAAAGAAUUGGUAGAGUUUUGAGACAUUAUACGUGUUACCAGAGAAUAUGUAUUCCUCGUGAAUUUUUUGUAUAAAUCUGAAAUGUGUGUGUAUAUACAAAUAAGAAUCCUCUGUUUGUCUGGCGGCAUGGGGUAUGUAUCAAUGUGAAGAAAUUCUCAGCACGUGCAUUGAUGUAAAAGUGCUCGUUGUGGUCAUAAGCAUUGUUGGUUUUGUCUUAUCAAAGGGUAGAAUGUAUCUUUGUGA